GACGCCGUUUAAAACUUCAAAGUUUAACCUGCGUCCUUGCCCGUUGUUUCAGCGCAACACAGUUACACACAACACUAGACUUGGGUGGCGGUGCGAAGUGGCGCCGCUAACUCCCUCACUCCUCCGCUCUCCGCCGUCAUCCACCGCCGUGUCCAUGGCGGAGGGAUCCGCCGCGGUUCCAAAUUUCCAAGCGAAGGUAAGCCACGAAGCGAAACUAAAAGAACUCCUCCACCGACUCACCUCGCCGGAGAUAAAGCUAUGUUCCGACGCCGCAAAAGAGUUCGCGAGGCUUCUAAAGUCCGAGACCGGCGGUGACCUGCUCCGCGAGUACGUGCGCGGUUCCCGGAGCUGCUCGGAGCUUCUGGAAGCGUUGAAGCUUCGAAAAGAAGAGAAAGGGAUGCGCUACGUGUUCGACCUAAUUUCCGCCAUUCUCAGCCACAGUGAAGGUAAAGAAGUCGCCAGCGACGCCGAAAGCGUGAGCGUAGCCAAAUACUUGGACGAGUUCGCGCAGUUACUCAUCGCUAAACACUUGCACGACAUUUACAAGGAGGUGGAGAGCCGGGAGUCGCGGCGGCAGAAGGCGGCGCUGUCGCUCUCCGCUUCGAUAGUGCGGCGCGGCGCGAGGUUGGCGUCGGAGCUGGCGAAGGUGUUCGAGUUCGAUAGGAUUGCGAGGCCGGCGGCGAAGAUAGCGUUGCCGCGGAAGUGGUUGGUUGGAUUCGCGAUGUCGUUUUUGGAGGUCGGGAAGCCGUGGCUGCUGCGUUUCGUUCUGAACAAGAAGGAGAUGUAUUCGCGCGUUCUUAGAGAGUUGGCGGAGGAUGAUGAUGAGACUGUGGUGUUUGCGUUGUCGGUGCUGAGGGAUAGGGUUUUGGUUGGAGAGUCGUUGGUGUCUCCGGCGCUUCGGAGUGUGCUGUUUCAGAGUGCGGCGUUGGAGCAGUUGGUUGAGGUUUGUGGAAGGGAGGGUGGUGGUGAAGCUGCUGACGUGGCGUUUGGUGUGCUUGUUAGAGUUUGUACCCAUCCGAGUAAUGGUUUGAUGCCGGAUUUGAAAAUGCGGUUGAAGGGUAAUCCGCGGAGGAUUCUGGGGCUCAUGAAGAAGCUGCGGGUCACUGAAGUUCAGUAUCAUUCGGACUUGCUUUUCGCUAUUGUUGAUGCCAAAGCGUCUUUUGGGUUGUCGUAUUUGAAGGAGUUUCCUUAUAAUAUUGAGAAUUAUAAGUCUUCUUCAUGGAUUUCUGCAAUAUCUGUGGCAGCUCAAUUAGUUUCGUCAGUGGGUAAGGGCCUUUCCAAGGAAUUUGUCAAUUUCAGGUCAAAUAAUUCACGCCUGUUUGACAAUAUGGAUUUGCAAAGUGUUGUGAAGUGCUUGUUUCCUCGGCCAUUCAGCAGGUCAUUGUUUAAUAGGGGACUGCCUCACAUUGAACCUUAUGUGAAACAUGGUACUUUAAGGCUUCUUCUGGAGUUGCUGAAAUUACUGGACUCUCUUUUUGGUGGUUUGAACGAUAAUUCUAGUUCCAACAAUUCAUUCAUGCAACAUGUGGUGUCUGUCAAGGGAGAAAUUCAGAACUAUGUUCAAGCUUUUCUUCCUGAUCUGCAGGUUUUAUUAAAUCUACUUUCUUCUUUAGAUGCCAGUUUUGAAGCUCGCAACUCAAGUUUAAAGAGAAAUGCAUGCCAGCAUGAUUAUAACAGCAGUAGUAGGAAGAAGCUAAAAAAGGAUACUUCUGAGAGUGAUAUAAAUAUAGUUGUUGUUGGGAUAAGUUCUAUUCCAGAUAUUAAUAGUGAGCUAAGAGCAGAUGAUUUGGAUGAUGAAGAGGAUUUCAUUAAUAGCAUAGGGAAAAUUUGGGGAGUGGAUCUUCGUUCCAUGGAUAUUAGCACAUUGAAAGACAUGGAAUCAUACUUACUGUCUAAAUUGCUUGACGCCAUCAGAUAUUACCGUCGUGCUCUGCCUUUGACUUUGGAUAAUUCUUUUGAAACUUUCAAGGGUCUUCUAAAAAAUCCGUUAGAAUUAACAAGUCAUCUGCAGGUUUCAUUGUUAUCUUUGCUUGUGGAAUACAUUGAUUGGUGUCCUGACGAUGAAAUUCCUAUGAGAACUCCACCCAUGUUGUACAAAUACCUACAACCAUUCAUUAAAUUGUUAAUGUUUUCACCAUACAAUGAAACAAGGGAUCUGGCAUACAGGUUGGCAUGGGCAGCUAUGUUCAGUACUGGUGCUUUUGACAGUAACCUUCACGAGAUAGAAGCAUGGUUUUUAUUUUUACCUGGUUAUCACAGAAAGAAAUCCCCUGUCAAAAUCUUGGAGGUUGAUGUACUACAGAGUUUGACUCUAUUUGUCAUAUCAUUCUUGUGUGAUGCUGUUUCUACACUGGGGAAUAAUUUAGUUAAAUAUUGGAAUAUUCUCAUGAGUUAUGUCCAUUGUUUGGAAGGUUGUAAAGAUUCAUCACCUCAUUUUAGCCCUUUUAUCAUAUGUGUGUUGGAGAAGUGUCUAAAGGUGAUCCGACCUAAAUCAGGAUCCUGCUCGUUGCCUAAAAAAUCAAUGGUAUUAUUAUACACUUGCAAUACAGUCAAGUAUCGUUUGCAAACACAGGUCAAUGCUGAAUUGUUAUCUGCUUUAGUUCAUGCAGACUUGACAGAGAGAUUUGGUGGCAGUUAUGAAUGUGAUGAAGUUUUUUCUGAGUGGAAGCCCUUGAAGGAUUUAUUGGACUUUGUGGAGAGCACAUCAUACCAACGGAAUAGUUGCUUCUUCUCUAAAAAUGAAGAAUCUGUCCCUCCUGAUUGUUCUUUGGGAAGUGCGCUUGGUAGUGUAAAUAGAUUAUUGAAUAGUGGGUCUGGCCAUGAGAUUGCGGAAACAACCAUAGCUUUCAUAUCCUCCAUUAUAUUGGAAGAUACUGAUAAAAUAUUGACAAAUCUGCCAUCACAAGUGGUCAUUUCACGUGACUUAGUUGAAGUUCCUUUCCCGCUCUUAUUAUCGGUACCUUUUCUUGAUUAUAGUGUUCUUCUCCAUGCUUCCAAGUUAUGGACUGUAAUGUUUUAUGUUGCCUUGGAUAUGGCCAUCUCAGAUCUUGGCAGUGAUGGUCGAAAUGCAGCUCCUGUUGGGACUUCUGAUCUUGCAUUGAACCUGGACUCUCUAACUUGUGGCCAACUUUUAGAUGCGUCUGAAGCUGAUGCUGUUGCAUUUAGUAUCUUUCUAAAACAUGCACCUUUCCAUGUGGUAUUUCCUGCAAUGAUGUGUAUGAAUAGUCUUAAAACAUCAAAGCUAUCUAAAAUACAAAUGCUUUUACUGCAUAAAUUAUCUGAGUCCAUAAAUGAUUGCUCUCUCCUUCCCAAUCUGCAACUCGUGCUGUUCUGGACUCAUCAGAUUCAGUUAUGUUAUGAAUUCAGGCCAAUAGCUGAAAUUGAACAACUUUUGAAUCUCUGUAUUAUUCUUGUAGGGAACUUGUUAGGUCGAUUGUUGGUUUCAGAAAAUGAUUCUCACGGGUCUAAGAACUCUGCCUUUUGUUCAUCAAGACAUAACAGCCAAGAAGUGAUUAAAACCAUUUUUUGUCAUCCUUGUGUUUUGAUGUCAUUAUCCUCAUCUUUGGGAAAUUGUCAGAACAAUUUAAAUGGAUAUGUAAAGAAUGAUUUCAAUAUGCUAAAUUUACUAUCCAGUGAGGGGUUUCACAAAUUUGGCAAUCCAAUUUUAAAAUUAUUAACAAUGACUCUAGACUACACGUGGUCUUUAUUUGGUACUCACAUUUGUUCAAAAGCUGAAGAUGUUGCUGAUAAUUUUGUGAAGGCUUUUCAAGACCUUCAACAAAAACUAUUUCUGGAUGUCAGAGUAAGAUUUGAGCUGUGCAUUUGUAGUAAAGAUUUUAUGCCUCUCCUUCCAACAUUGUAUGCAUUACAUACUUUGCAUCGGUUUGUAUCCCCUUUUCAGCUCCUUGAGUUAGUGGAUUGGAUGUUCAGUAGUGUUGAUGUAGAUGAUUUGCCAAUUAGGAAAUCCUCUUUAUUUGUUGGAUGUUCCUUAGCUGCAGAUGCUUUCAGUGCUUUAUCCAUUUAUUUUCAGCAGUCAACGGGAAACAGGGCACCAUAUGAUUUAUUUUGGGAAAUGGGUGAAAAGCAUAUGAAAGCUGAUAUUUUUGAGCAGAUUUACAGCAAGGUAGUUGAGUUUUCUGUAAGUUUUGAAAUGGAUAGUGCCGAUAGAUGCCUGCUUGAAGCUGUCAAUUCCUUGUAUAAGCAGAAACAUAUGCAACAAGAAACUUUUCAUCCUUUGCUGUUGGUCAUGUGGAAAAUUAUAAUGAUUACUCCAUUGAAAAUGAUUUCCCAUUGCAUUUUUAAGACAAAUGUGAAGAAAGCUAAAUUUUUACAUAUUCUUACUGAAUUGAGUUCCCUGCAUUCAACAAUCUUUGGGCAUUUAUUUUUGGGUACAGUGAAUAGAAGUUUACAUAAUGAUAUUGGUGUGGUGGGACAUCCCUUUGAUAUCACUCCUUCAGAAGAUCAGUUUGUGUUGCUUCUACCGGCCGCAUUGUCAUACUUGAGCUUAAUUUCUAAGAGACUUGGGGAGCUGAGUCGUAAAGAUUUUAAACAUAUACCUUGCUUUUAUUCAAUAAUUCUCUUAAAAGGUUUCAGUCAGUGGAAGAGCUUUUCCUCAAAAGAUAUAUUUGAGGAACAAUAUGGAGAGUUCUUUCCAUCAUCUGUUCAAGAACUUCUUUGUCUUAUUGAUUGUAGUCUUCUUGGGAAAUCAAUUCAUAUGUUGAAGUAUCACUUUGCUCUUAAUGGGGGUUCAAUGAAACUGAAAAAGCGAUUAAAUUUAUUCAAAUCCAUUUGCCCAAAAUUUGCUACACAUGAUGACCUGAUGGACUGUGAUAGUCAAGUUAUUGAUAGUUAUUCUAUGUGUCAGUCUUUGAACAUCAUCAAUCGUGUUGUUGCAAAGAUAUCACUUUGUAGAAUAUUAUUGUUUUAUGAUGAAGCAGGUGGGAAUUUGAAGGAUAUUUCCGGGAAAAUUCAAAUCAAAUUGGGAACAUCCAGGAUACGGUUCAUAAAUAUUUUGGUGGACAUUUGGCAGUUAAUCGUCAAGAAAUUUUCAUUAGCCUCUGAUCAAUCUAGAUCUGCAAAAGGCACAAACAUUUCAUUGCUAUAUAAUCACUUGGAAGGUUUUUUGUUGAAGGGUAUUCAUGAAUUGGCUGUAGAGAUGCAUGAUGAUCUUAUUCAAUUGAAAUCCAUUUCCUUCCUUGAGCAGUUAAUCAGAUCUGCUCUUCUCUAUAGGUUUGGUGAUUUUGCAACAAUGAAAACCCUCCGGGUUAUAUUAUCACAGCUUAGUGAGGGGAGGAUAUUAUGUGAUUUAUAUCUUCAGUUGUUGCUUUCCCAUUCACAGUUUGCCCCGACUCUCCAUUCAGUGCGCAAACUAGCAGGUUCCUUUUUGAAGCCUGUAUCUAGCAUUCUGAAAUGUGUUGUGAUUCCUUCUCUUGAUCAGUGUGAAAAUGAGGAGAAACAUGUAGAGCAAACAACUGAGAUCUCUAGAGGACCAUUGGAAAUUGUUAAAUUGCUUUGGGCACUCUUAUGUAUAAAGGCUCGUCAAACUGAUUCAGAUCAUGGAAAUGACAUUGACAUAAAUUUAAAAGAACUUCAUGCACUGCUUUGUCAUUCUUAUGGCGCAACACUCAACUGGAUUGAUUUGGCGAUAUGCAAUCUGAUGCAACAAAUUGAGUCUAUGGGUGGCCUUUGGUCUCAGAAUGUCAAGUUAGGUUCAGAAACAAUUGAAGAGUGGUACAUAAGCCAGCAUAGAGACAACAUUCCUAUUGACCCUGACAUAUGCGUGUCAACAGUUCUCUAUUUCCCCUAUGAUAGAUGUAUCUCUGAUGAGGUACCAUAUGCGAACAAGAUUGAACAUGAACCGGAUACUGUCGGGAAAAAGGUACAUUCUUCUCAUGUUGAAGAUAGAGAACAAUAUGAUCCAGUAUUUAUAUUGCGAUUUUCGAUUCAUAGCCUCUCAAAGGCCUAUAUAGAUCCUGUGGAGUUUGCUGGGUCAGGGUUGCUUGCAAUUGCAUUUGUUAGCAUGUCUUCACCAGACCAUGGAAUUAGAAUAUUAGCUUCGGACACUCUUUAUAAAUUUAAGAAUGUAUUAGAGAAGUGCCAAGAGAAGAAGGAUGAAAUGGGACUUCAGCUUCUAUUAAAUUCUGUUGUUCAAAAUAGUAUAAAAGAUCCAUGGCAAAGAAUCCCAUCAGUUAUUUCUUUAUUUGCAGCAGAGGCAUCUUGUGUAUUGUUAGAUCCGUCACAUGAUCAUUAUGCGGCUAUAACAGAUUUUUUGAUGAAUUCUUCUAUGUUGGAUAUGAGGGUUAUACCUAUGUUUGAUAACUUUUUCGGGAGUACCUCUGUCAAUUUCAAAGCAAAAAGGUCUUGGAUCCUUAGGCUAGUGUAUGCAGGGCUGAACUCAGAUGACGAUGCCACAAUAUAUAUCAAAAACUCUGUCCUUGAGAAACUAAUGAACUUUUACGUUAAUUCUCUUUCAGAUUUUGAGUCAAAGAACCUGAUUAUUGAGGUGAUAAAGAAAUCUGUUAAAUUGCGUGAGAUUGCACGUCAUCUAGUGAAUGAGUGUUCUUUAUUUUCAUGGUUUUCGUGUCUCAUCUCAGUUACCAGACAGAGGCUUAAUGGAGAUGAAAGUAAACAUUUCUUGAAACAUGUGUUUGUAGCUUUGAAGGUUGUCAAUGAUGUUAUUUCAUCUGGAAGCAUCUCCAAGUGGUUGCAAAAUCAUGGCCUUGAGCAGCUCAUGGAGCUUUCAUCCAAUCUAUUUAAUUUCAUACUCCAUGAUGUUACUUUGGCAAAUGGAACUGCCGUACUAAUUAAUCCUUUUCUUAGAAUGAUGGCAUCAAUGUUGAAAUUAUCUCAAAAAAGGAAAGUAGAUCAGCCACAUUUUACCCUAUCAAUUGAGGGCUUGUAUCAGAUGUACCAGGCUGGCAGUGUGUGUAAUCAAACCAUAAAAAGCAUUAAACCAGAGCUUGCUCUUGAAGCGAUACUUAUGAAUGCACCUCCUGUUUCCAUUUUCUUGAUGAAUCAAGAAAGGCUUCAAAGCUUUCUUAUCUGGGCAACUACAACUGCUUUACAGUCAGAGUCUUCACAAAGGCUGGGGUUCAACGAGUCUCAGUUUUUCAGAAAUAAUUUAAGGGAAGAUUUUCGAAAGAACUCAGUAGUUUCAGCAUAUCUACGUUGGUUGACAGCAUCAGUUAUCAUUGGAAAACUCCAUAAAACAUCUGAUAAUAUGGAUACAGGAUUCACUGAAACACACAACUUUGAAUCCCUGCAUUCCUUACUGGUUCAAGUUGAAAAUACCUCCGGACAAAGACAUGAUAUUGAUAUUGGUGCUGAGGAGUUACUAGCUUCAACAAUUUUCUAUCUCCAACUGCUUCUUGGUAUCAAUCCUGAAAUGCUACCAUCAGUUGUAUGUGCUCUCUGUCUCCUGAUUUUUGGUGACUCUAAUUUUGCAGUGGGCAGAAUUGAUUUAUUGCGAGACUACGAUAGUUUAAUAUCAUCACACAGUUCAAGGGUACGGUGUCCUCCUGAAGCUAAUCCAACUUGGAGAUGGUCGUUUUAUCAUCCCUGGAAGGAUCAUACUCCGGAGCUCACUGAUUCUCAGAAGAUGGAGGAAUAUCAUUCUUGCCAAACUUUGUUAGUGAUUAUCUCAAAUGUUCUUAGCGGAAAUAAAUUAGAGUCGGCUUGUUUAUCUCCUGUAGAUUUAGAGAGAUCUGGCUUAUUCCAAUGGGAAAGAAGUUUACUAAGAAACUGAGUUUAUACGAGUUAUUAACUUAUUCUUUGGUACGUCAGGAAGUGUACAACUAGUGUCAAAGUAACGAUAUAACUGAAAUUGCAGAUUGUGCCAAUGUAAACAGCCCAUUUUUUAUGUGGUUGAUGGCAAUGUACAAGUGGAUCACAUGGCUAAUUUAGUUCUCUAGGUUAAACUAAAAUUUUGAUCCUUACAUAUAUGUGAUGUUUAUUUUUACUUUUGAAUUUAGUGUCUACAUGAAAAAUUAUUGAAUUUGGUUCUUA